UCAGGUUUAGAACACUUCUGUGUAGUAUUUUCAAGAACUAGACGAUCGCCAAGUAGCUAUAUUUUUGAUAUGAUUGAAUCUUAUUUCAUUAAGAAAGAGUCAAAAUGUGCAAAACGCAAGCUGGGCGAGAAGGAAAUUGUGGGAGAGCCUGAAAUGAAGGUGAAAGCUUGUGACAAUCCAAACGAACAACCCUCUUGCUCUAAAUUAUCUUUUCUUGAAGGAAAUAGAAGGACAGACCUUAAAUGGAAACAUAUAACAUCAGAAAAUUUAAAUCUUGAUUAUGUGCAGUUAUUCUCUAAAACUGAAGCUGACACGCUCUUUCAAGAGGCAGAGAAAGUGAUAAAGUAUAACAAAGACAGUAAAGUGUUCGUUCAUGGAAAAUGGCACAAUGUUCCAAGAAAGCAAGCAGCUUAUGGAGACGCAGGUCUAACGUACACAUUCUCUGGUUCAACUGUAGCGGCACAGCCGUGGAGUAAUGCUCCCUUUCUCAAGCGCAUAGCUGACCUUGUUUCAUCUCUAACUGGUGGACACCAGUUUAACUUUGUUCUUGUGAACAGGUACAAGGAUGGACAAGACCACAUGGGUGAACACAGAGAUGAUGAGGUUGAUUUGGUUCCCAAAAGUUCCAUUGCGUCUCUGUCUUUAGGUCAAACCAGAGACUUUGUGUUCCGUCACAAAGAUGCCAGAGGAAGUGGAGCUCAAAGAAAGAUUGAUCCUGUUAAGUUUGAACUGUCUCACGGCAGUCUGCUUAUGAUGAACCACCCAACCAAUGUGUAUUGGUUUCAUUCCCUUCCUGUGCGGAAAAAGGCAAUAUGCCCAAGAAUCAAUUUCACAUUCAGACAGAUGGUUGUAAAGAAGUGAUGGAUGUUUUCAAAGUUAUGAAUCUGAUACAAGGUGUUGUUUCUGAAGAGCAUAAUGAUAUUUUGUGGUUUGCUAGGAGUAUUGUCAAUGGCAAAAAUUCAUGACCAAACUGUAAUGGUCUACCCUCUUGAAAAAUUCAGAUUGAGUGCAAUGCAUAGUACUGGCAAUGCAACCCAACCCUAUUUCAGACCUGAUUGUUUGCAUGAAAAGAGUCACAAUUUUGCUUGAAAAAUACUGAAUUGGAGUUUUCAGAAUCAAUAUUUGAAGGUGCAGUAAACCUUUCCUGGUAGAAGCUGACAUGAGUCAGGAAAUACUCUGACAUCGCAAACAUAUAGAAACUAUAACCGGUAAAGUACUUUGAUUGAAAUCAAAAGAAAAAAACAAAACAAAACAAAAAUAACAGAAAAAAAGAAAGGGAAGUGAUUUCAAAGUAGUUUGAAUCUAGAAGGAUUUGUAUAAGAUGUGACUAUCAAGGUGUUAAAGGGGUAGAACUUCUUUCAAUUCAGAUACUUCUUGUUUUGAACGACCACAAAACUUUCCUGUUUCAACAAUUCUUCUUAGAAUCUGGAUGCUUCCUUGUUUCUGUAAGCUUUUGGGAGUUUCUUGAUGAAAUUGUAUCCUAGUGUUAGCGUUAAACAGUUAUGAAAAAUAUGUAACAUGAUCAGUCAAUGCUAAAAGACUUUGGGGAACUUUUCCUUGCUGUACUCUGUACAUCAGCUCUCAUGUAUGGAGUUGUUGAUAAAGUAAACAAUGAAAAGA